CUCGCUGGAAGGACUCCGACGUGCUUAAAUAGACCUCUAGUCCAACACAAUGUUCCAAUCGCAUGUUCUUUCCACUGGUCCAUAUGUUCAUAACGCCCUUUCCACUCUCCCUACUUCAUAACGAUUGACUAUGGCCCCCCUUAUGGUAGACGAAGACCCCAGCUGGCUGGGUAAACCCAGCGCAGAAACGACGCAAGCGCGGCCGUCUGCACACAAGCAGUCAGAGAAGGAAGACCGGCUCGAGCCAAUUGCAAUCGUCGGGUACGCGUACCGGUUUCCCGGAGAAGCAGUCACAGACGACGGGUUCUGGAGGAUGAUGAUGGAGAAGAGAUGCGUGGCGAGCGAGGCCCCAGCGGAUCGUAUCAACAGCGCGGGUUGGUGCCAUCCCGACAAACGGCGAAUUGGGCAAUACAGCGCCCGCGGAGGGCAUUUCCUCCAGGAAGAUGUCUCGCGGUUCGACGCAGCGUUUUUCUCCAUCUCCGCCGACGAGGCCGCCGCCAUGGACCCUCAGCAACGCCAUCUGUUGGAGGUGACAUAUGCAGCGUUAGAGAAUGCUGGCGUCCCGAUGGAACGAGUGGCGGGAUCACAGACCUCGGUUCAUGUCGGGUGUUUCGGAAGCGACUACCGGCUGAUGAUGUGCAAGGACAUCGAGACCAGUGCCGAUUAUGAUGUCGUAGGCAUUAACAUGUGCAUGCACGCGAAUCGAAUCAGCUGGUUCUUCGACUGUCGCGGGGCGAGUAUGAAUAUCGACACGGCAUGCUCGAGCAGCUUGGUAGCCCUCGACCUCGCAUGCCAGGGCUUACGGAGCGGGGAGGCAGAGAUGGGCAUCGUCUCGGGCACCAACCUGCUUCUCUCCCCCGAUAUGAUGCAGUUGGAAUCCAAUGUCAACAUGUUAUCGCCGGAUUCCCGCAGUCACAGUUUCGACCAUCGGGCGAAUGGAUACGGCCGUGGCGAGGGGACGGGCACGAUUAUCGUUAAACGGCUGCGCGAUGCCUUACGAGAUGGAGAUACGAUCCGUGCGAUUAUCCGGUCUACGGCGUCCAACACCGACGGAUUAACGCCCUCGGGCAUCAUGCAGCCGAGUGGCGCUGCCCAGGCGGCGUUGAUACGGCGCACAUACCAAAAAGCAGGGUUGAGUCUGGAGCCAACCCGCUUCUUUGAAGCGCAUGGAACGGGCACCCCAGUGGGAGAUCCCAUCGAGUGCAACGCUAUUGGAGAAGUCUUCCGUUCUGUUCGGGGUCCCCGCGAUCCUCUGAUCAUUGGUGCGCUUAAAUCGAAUAUCGGCCAUCUCGAAGGUGCCAGCGGAAUAGCUGCGGUGAUUAAGACGAUCUUGGUGCUGGAAAGGGCCGUCAUUCCGCCCAAUGCGAAUUUCGAGAAGGUGAAUCCGAGGAUUGACCUUGACUUCCUCCGCCUAAAGCUACCACUCAAGGCCCGGCCGUGGCCCACGCAGGGUCUGAGACGGGCUUCGGUCAAUUCAUUUGGGUUCGGAGGUGCCAACGCGCAUGUUGUCCUGGAUGAUGCCCUGCACUACCUGCGUGGUCACGGCCUGGUGGGCCACCAUGUUACUCGGGAGUUUCCCCCUCCAGCCUCACUUAUAGCUUUGGGCAACACUGUGCCUGUGCCUGUGCCAAGCCCGGGCGCAUCAGCUCCAGUUCUGAAAAUUCCCAAGUUACUAACCAUGUCGGCUGCGAGCAAAGACGGGAUGAAAACAAUGGCACGGGCGUACGCCACGCACUUCCAAUCUCACCCUGUCUGCCCGCCGGACAAUCUCCCGGACUAUAUGGACCGCUUGGCGUAUACGCUGAACUCACGCCGGAGUGCCUUGGGCCAUAAAAGCUUCUGUAUUGCCUCCAGCUACGAGGACCUUUGCGACGAGACCAAGAUAGCUGCAGCGGUGUACCAAGCCCACGAGGCGCCCGUUGUGGGGUUGGUGUUCACUGGCCAAGGGGCGCAAUGGGCCGGGAUGGGUCGCGGAUUGAUGGUGUAUCCGGUCUUCCGGAGGGUGAUCGAGCAAUGCGAGGAGGUUUUACUAUCCCUCGGUUGCUUAUGGUCUCUGCGAACCGAGAUGUUCAACGAGAACAACACCAACAGCAAUGGUGGCGGCGGCGACGCUUCCAGGAUUCACGAGCCCGAGAUCGCACAGCCCGCCAAUACCGCACUGCAGAUGGCGUUGGUGGACUUACUGCGAGGGGUCGGCCUGAAACCAGCCGCCGUCAUCGGCCAUUCCUCGGGCGAGAUUGCCGCUGCUUAUGCCCUUGGGGCGCUGUCACUCCAGGAUGCGAUGCGCAUUGCCUAUUACCGCGGCGUGUGCGCAAGUGCACUGGCUAACGACAAAGAUCUCAAUCAGAGGGCCCCGCGCGGCGCGAUGCUCGCUGUCGGACUCUCGGCGGACCAGACGGAAAGAUAUCUGGAUCGCAUUGCCAACACGUCGGAGAGUAAUCGGAGAGGUAUUGCCGUAGCCUGUGUGAACAGCCACAAGAGUGUGACGGUUUCGGGAGACGCGGACCAGAUCAGCCAACUCCAGGCGAUGCUGGAGAGCGAGAACGUCUUCGCGCGCAAGCUUCGCAUCCCGGUGGCUUACCACUCCUUCCAUAUGAAUGAGGUGGCCGAGCCAUAUCGAAGGCACAUGCAGGGCAUCCGGCCGGUGCCGCGCCUAGAAAGUUUCGAAUCGUCGAUCUCGUCCUCUUCAUCUCAAGCCCCUAUCAUGGUCUCGUCCGUCACAGGCCAGAGAGUGCAGCCCGCUGAUGUGGUCACUGCAGAUUACUGGGUGGCCAACUUGGUCUCGCCGGUCUUAUUCCCCAAAGCGUUGUUUGGGAUCUGUACGCACGCCUCGGGGCGCAAGGGACGGAAGGUGCUCGACUGCAGUCACCGUGGUCAGGCAGGGGUCAAUAUCCUGCUAGAAGUCGGGCCCCAUUCCGCGCUGCAGGGUCCAAUUCGAGACCUGCUAGGCAGUCUACCCUGGGGUCGCGACGUACAUUAUUGCCCGACCCUCCAACGCAAGGACCUGACGGCACUGCAUGGGUUUCUCACCGCAGUCGGCCAGCUACAUAGCCUGGGGGUGCCAAUUGACCUGGAGCGAGUCAACCGAAUGGGCGACCUCCCCGUCCCUAAGAAACAUGACCAAGAGCGUCGACCGCGCCUUCUCGUGGAUCUGCCGCCCUAUCCGUUCAAUCACUCGACCGUGUACUGGCGGGAAAGUCGGCUGAGCAGGCGUAGUCGUCUGGGUCCCGGACGCAUCGAUCUCCUGGGCAAACCGGUCUCAGACUGGAAUCCCUUAGAAGCCCGCUGGCGGCAUCAUAUCCGUCUCAACGAGAUGCCCUGGGUGGAGGACCACAUGAUCAAUGGCACACUCAUCUAUCCCGCCGCAGGCAUGGUCGUCAUGGCCAUAGAGGCAGCCAGCCAGAUGGUGGAUCCGAAACGACGUGGUAGUGUUGUCGGGUUCGAUCUCCAGAACGUCGAAUUCCAGCGGGCAUUGACGAUCCCCCAAACUGCCGAGGGGGUCGAGACGAACUUGCUACUGCGCACCCUGACCGACAAGGGCCAGCCGCUGCCAUGGAUGGAAUUCCGACUCUGCUCGCGGGACGACAGGGACGAAUGGCACGAGCACUGUCGAGGAGAGAUUCACAUCGAGUAUGAGACGGCCGACACGGCUCUGGCACAGGAGGCGAUGGUGGAGCACUGGCAAGAAAGGCGGAGACAACUUGAGCAGGACUGCGCUACUUCAGCUACUGCGGUGUUUUCCAUCGAGCCAUCCUCUCUAUACAACCGACUCCGCCAGUCUGGCUUUGAGUUUGGCCCGACUUUCCAGACGGUCACCGGCGCCAGAUGCAAUGGUAAAGGCCAGGCAACCGCAUCGAUCAACGUCUUCCAAUGGCCCUCCAGCCAAUACCCCCAGGCCCAUGUGAUCCACCCCACAACGUUGGAUGGGAUCUUUCAUCUGAGCACGGUCGCGUUGAUCGAGAACAAAGAUAGUACGGCCAGCAUGGCAACGGCCAUCCCGACGAGCAUCCGAUCUCUCUGGGUGGCAGCGCAGGGUUCCAGCAGUCCAGACGCGGCAACCGUUCGAGCCGCAACCUGGAUCAAGACGCAGCACAGCCGCGGGCAUGAAUUCGACACAGCGGUCACCGAUCAACAGGAAAGUCGGCUGCUUGUCCGGUUGCAGGGCCUGCGAUCAACCAUUGUAGCAGGCGCGGCUUCUCAGAAUCAUUCCACCGCGCCAGCAUCCGGGGAAGAAACCGCGGCACUGACCGCAUAUCGAUUGCGUCUGGUCCCAGACCUGGAUACGAUGGGCCGGACGCAAGUCGUCCAGUACUGCCGCCAGAAUCAAGACUUUUCUCUUGCUCCCUGGCAGGUGUAUAUACAGACACUUGCGCGAAAGAAUCCUAUGCUGCGCAUCCUCGAGAUCGGAGUCGGGUCGGGCGAGUGGACACAGGAAAUUCUACACGCCCUCUCGGUCGACGUGACGGAAAAUGCUGAGCCUGACAAUGCUAUGUUGUACGCGUCGUAUGACUGCACAGAUUCCUCUUCAGUAGGUUUUGAGAAGGUGGCGCACGGCCUCGGUGAUGUCCCUCGGCUCGGGUUUCUGACACUGGAUAUUGAGACGGAUCCCACCGAGCAGGGUUUUGCACUCGAAUCCUAUGAUCUGAUCGUACUUGGUGACGCCGUUCAAGUAAACGAUGACAGAGCCAACUCGAUUAUGCGCCAUGUGUACAAGCUUCUUCGACCAGGUGGACACCUCAUACUCAAAGAGUCUCCUUGUCCGCAAGGAACCGAGCAAGGUGAAAGUCUGCGCGCAGAGAAUAGUCCUGCGCAACGACUAGGCGGUUGGGGUUCCAGCUCGCGGGAAAUGGGGUUUCAGGAUUUACAGCUCGAUCUGUCCAUUCGAUACAGAGGGGGCCCCUGUGAAGAACCCCAGUGGAUUGUGGUCCUAGUACGAAACAUCUGCUCCUCCCCAGUCGCCAGUGGACCAUCAACGCCGGCACCCCAGUUCUACUUCAUCGUGGACCCCAACUCGGCGAAGCAGCAGAUCACUUGCAGUCGAACGGGCGACGCCCUCCGAUUGAGGUACCCUGAGUCCACGGUCCAGUCCGGGAGCCUGGAGGAAUGUGCCUCGCUUUCGGGCCUUGCACAGCGGACAAUGGUGUUUCUGGUCGAAACCGAGCAACCACUGCUGGGCUCGAUGACUCCAGAUACAUUCAGGUUUAUCCAGAAAGUAGUGCACGAGUGUAACUCAAUCCUCUGGGUGACCGCCGGGGGUGGACCGGUGGCGCAGGAUGCCCAUUAUGGGAUUGUGGAUGGCUGGGCGCGCACACUGCGCAAUGAGAAGGCGGCGCGACGUAUCUGUACUCUGGCCCUGGAGACAAUACCCGACGACUCUGCCCUCUUGCAACCUCGACAGAUUGCGCACCUGGUCAGGGUGUGCACCAAUGCACUUUUCGCUCCCACCGAGACCGCAGUCUACGAGCCGGAAUUCGUGGAAGUCGAGGGAACCUUACACGUUCGACGCGUGGAGACAGAGCGUCCGCUGACAACCGCCCUCUAUCAGGCAUCGCAACCCCGACAGUCCACCACCACAUCCCUGCAAGAACUGGGCUCGGUAGCCUUGGCCAUCGGAACCCCCGGGCUUCUUACGUCGCUGCACUGGACCGAUGACUCAGUCGAGGACGACGGGCUACAUGCGGCCUCUCUCCGGCCGGAUGAAGCUUUAAUCGAGACCAAAGCCAUUGGUGUGAGCUUGCACGAUGUCUUAAUCGCGGCAGGCAAGCUUCCGGAUCAAUCUCUGGGCCUCGAGCUUGCGGGGAUCGUCGUCCAAGCGGGCUCAUCCUGCGAAUACCGUCCGGGGGAACGAGUGCUCGCGUUCGGACCGGGCAGCUUUCGUAACAGAACCAAAGUCAAAACGAACACCACAUGCGCCAUCCCAGAGAACAUGUCCUUCACGGAGGCGGCGGCUCUGCCACUGGCAUUUGGCACUGCCUGGCAUGUCCUGGUCGAGCUUGCUCGUCUGCAGCGAGGGCAGAGUGUGCUGAUCCAUUUAAGGGCUGGAGCAGCUGGGCAAGCUCUUAUUCGACUGGCAAAACACCUGGGAGCAGUGAUCUUUACGACUACCAAUUCGCAGCAGGAAAGGGCCCUGCUGGUGGAACAAUACGGACUGUCGGAUGAGCAAAUCUUUUACAGCCGGGACCCCUAUCUCAGUGACGGAUUAAUGCGGGUCACCAGAGGCCGCGGGGUUGACGUGGUACUCAAUGACCUGGAAGGAGACGUACAACGUGUCUCAUGGGAAUGCCUGGCAUUGUACGGCCGACUGAUCCAAAUCGACCACGGGCCCACAAACACAACCCAGCCGGCGACGCUGCUCCCGGGCUUCGAUCGACGCCAAGCAUCGCUCACUCUCUUUGACAGCGCGCGUUGGUUGCGAGACUGCCCAGAAAUGGUCCAAGCAGCGGUUCGCCAGAUUCUAAACCUAAUCCAAGACGGGCAUCUGUCGCUGCGCGGCUUCUACCAGGCUGCAGCGGCCGACUCGAUCCAGCAAGUGUUCCAGUCUGUACAGGAAGAAGAGACGACUGGCAAGACCGUGAUUGACCUCACCCUGCCAUCCCAGGUGCCCGCUGUGCUGAAAACCCGCAACCCGUUCCGGCUGAGGAACGAUGCCACCUACGUGAUCGCCGGGGGUCUGGGGGGGUUGGGCCGGGCGACUGCACGUUGGAUGGCUGCCAACGGUGCACGCAGUCUUGUUCUCCUCGGACGAUCCGGUGCGAACAGCCCAGCCGCGCGAAACCUUGUCGAGGAGCUGGCCAGUCAGGGCGUGCAGGUGUAUGCUCCGCCGUGUGACGUGACCGACAUCACCGCGCUGCAAACGGUGCUGGACAAGAUCUCACGUACGAUGCCGCCUGUCCGAGGAUGUAUCCAGGGCUCAAUGGUCCUUCGCGACCGGUUAUUCAGUGAGAUGACUUAUGAGGAAUGGUGCGCCUCCCUCAACUGCAAGGUCUUAGGAUCGAGGAAUCUCGCCGCCAGCCUUCCACCCGCAAUGGACUUCUUCAUCCUGCUCUCCUCGGUGAGCAGUGUCGUCGGGCUUACCGGCCAGGCGAACUAUGCCGCGGGGAACUCGUAUAUGGAUAGCCUGGCGCGACUGCAAGCAUCGCAGCACGGGCAGCGAGCAAUCUCCCUUAACCUGGGGCCUAUGGGGGACGACGGGGUGCUUGCCGAGAAUACCGGCUUUCUGGACCAGGUCCUGGGGUACGGAUCCUUUACUGCAGUAACUCGGGACCAACUCUUUGCCCUGCUGGCACAUUGCUGCGAUCCUGACCAGCCACAAGCUCAGAGUCCGGAGCAAGCGCAAGUGGUGUACGGAAUUUCUGCCAAGGGGGCAGGUCGCUAUGGAGAGAAUCCCGUCCUCGAACAGCCCCUCUUCCGCCGACUUAAGCUCGAAAACACCGUACUCACCCAGGGGUCUUCGUGCCGGGAGACGGGCGGCGGUCUGGUCCCCUUCAGGGAGCAGUUCAUCCAGUCAACCUCCCUGCAAGAAGGACGAGAAAUUGUCGGCCGGGCGUUGGCAGACAGGAUGAUCCACUCCUACCGGCUUAUUCCAGAAGACGCGGAGAUCGACGCGGAUGCGCCACUUCAUGUCUACCGUGUGGACUCGCUCCUCGCUGUCGAGCUUUGUAAUUGGAUUGGAAAGGAGUUUCAAGCAGAUAUAGCCGUCCUAGAAGUCCUCGGCGGUGCCUCCUUCGCCAUGUUGAGCAUGCUGGUUGCCAGCCGGAGUCAACUUGCGCAUCCUGAGUGGUCCUGACGGCGCCGUCGUUGUUCAGAACGUGUAUGAUAUCAGUGCAAUACAAUGUGAAGAUGUAUCAAUCAGUGGCAUACCGCGUGGUGGGAUGGGCG